AACAUCAUUUUUAAUAAUUAUUUUCUGCUGCGCCAUAAAUUUAUCUGACACCGACACACCUACGUAAACAAAUAUUAUGUCGAAACAUACAAAAAACGAAGAGAAAUCAGAAAUACAAAAGGACUCUACUUGGGAUAAACCAAAUUUGAAGGGAGAUUGGUUUAACUUCUAUUUUUUAAUAUUACUUUAUUUUAAUACAUAUUAUCAAUACCGAACAGGAGUACUCUUUCUUUUUUUUGGCAAUAACAUCGAUGACUGGCUACCCGGAUCAAGAAAACCAAAUAUCAACUUGAUCGUAUGCGUAUUGUUCCUCAUUAAUUUUUUAGCUGCUACUCAGGACAUAGUAAUUGAUAGUUGGUCAUUGAGUUUAUUGAAAAAAAAUAAUGUAAGUUAUUCAUCAACGUGUAAUAGCAUAGGUAUGGCAUUCGGAUUGUACAUAGGUUCCGUUUGUCCGAUUCUUCUCUCAUCUGAGAACUUCUGUAACAAAUACUUACAAUUGGGCUCACAAGAAGGAGGAAUAUUAAGCAUCAAAAGUGGGAUGAAGGCUCAUCAUACACAACCCAUCAUAUUAUUUUUGGUCCAGGGGGGGAUAGUGCCCUUGCCCACGCGAAACAGUUUUGCACUUGUAAGACGGAAACAACCCAUGCGGAUUGGAUUGUCUACAUCAGAAUCCGUAACAAAUUUAAAGCUUAUCGACGCUGGUGUAUCAAAAGAUGACGUUAUGAUAAUAACUACUGCUAUGUUUAUUCUAAAAAUGUGCCUACCAAUAUUCGUAACCAAAUACACUACGGGUCCGAAACCGAUAAGCUUAUAUCUAAAACUUAUGCCAGCCAGAUUGCUGUGGAGUAUUAUUUUUGCUGUUCUAAUUUAUUACACUCCAAAUGUAAUUCAAAACAAUGAAUCAGUGCCAAUUUAUUAUUAUUUAAUUAUGGGACUUGUAUACGCAGUAAACAGGAUACUGGCCCAAAUCAUGGUAACCUGUAUGGUAGCUUUUUUCUCACGAAUUAGUGACAUUCGGUUCGGAGGUAUGUACAUGACAUUGCUGAACACUGUUCGCAGCAUUGGAUGGGUAAUACCAAAUACGUCAUUUCUUAAAAUGGUCGACACGUUAACAUUUAGUUCGUGUUCCAAUGACGUCCAAAAUAGUUGUUCUACGYCAGAUUUAGAAAAUAUAUGCAUUAUAAACAAUGGUAAUUGUGAGAAGAUUGUGGAUGGCUAYUAUGUCGAGGUAAUAAUAUGUCUGGUUAUUGGAUUUGUCUGGUUUGCCGUUUACAAGAACCAUCUUAAAUUUUUCGAAUCAAAGGAUCGUUCUCAUUGGUUAAUAGAUUURAAUCGACCUGGGGACGUUUAAGUUUCUUCACUGCAUAUAUCUAACGAAUAUCUAUACACAUAUUAUAUUUUAUGCUAUGAAAUAUUAUAAAGGGCGAUUUAUUUUUUAAUAGUGCACUAUACUAUURGUUUUCAUGAACACUUAUUAUUUCUAAAAAKAAAAUGCAAUAAAAACUAAAAAAGGCUU